GAGCUUCCUGUGCCGAGCGGGCCCGCGGCUGGCCAUGGCCAACGUCUCCAAGAAGGUGUCGUGGUCCGGCCGCGACCGGGACGACGAGGAGGCGGCGCCGCUGCUGCGGAGGACGCCGCUGCUGAACGGGUCAAAUGGAGAAGCAGCUUGCCUGCUCCGCGGCCGGCAGCCGCCUGCUGCGGCUGCUGCACCGCGCCCUGCGGCUUUCCGAGUGGGACAGAUGAGCAGCGUGGAGCUGGAUGAGGAACUCCUGGACCCGGAAAUGGACCCUCCCCAUCCCUUCCCCAAGGAGAUCCCGCACAAUGAGAAGCUGCUCUCACUCAAGUACGAGAGCUUGGACUAUGACAACAGUGAGAACCAGCUGUUCCUGGAGGAGGAGCGACGGAUCAACCACACGGCCUUCCGGACGGUGGAGAUCACACGCUGGGUCAUCUGCGCCCUCAUCGGCAUCCUCACGGGCCUCGUGGCCUGCUUCAUUGAUAUCGUGGUGGAGAACCUGGCCGGCCUCAAGUACAGGGUCAUUAAGGACAAUAUUGACAGGUUCACCAAGAACGGCGGGCUGUCCUUCUCCCUCCUGCUCUGGGCCACGCUCAACUCUGCCUUCGUGCUAGUGGGCUCCGUCAUCGUGGCCUUCAUAGAGCCCGUGGCUGCUGGCAGUGGGAUCCCCCAGAUCAAGUGCUUCCUCAAUGGGGUGAAGAUUCCCCACGUGGUGCGGCUUAAGACGCUGGUCAUCAAGGUGUCUGGUGUGAUCCUGUCCGUGGUGGGCGGGCUGGCCGUGGGAAAGGAAGGGCCAAUGAUCCACUCGGGCUCAGUCAUCGCCGCGGGCAUUUCCCAGGGACGGUCCACGUCGCUGAAGCGAGACUUCAAGAUCUUUGAGUACUUCCGCAGAGACACAGAGAAGAGGGACUUUGUCUCGGCUGGUGCUGCAGCCGGGGUGUCUGCCGCCUUUGGAGCCCCCGUGGGGGGGGUCCUGUUCAGCCUGGAGGAAGGCGCCUCCUUCUGGAACCAGUUCCUGACCUGGAGGAUCUUCUUCGCCUCCAUGAUCUCCACCUUCACCCUGAACUUCGUCCUGAGCAUCUACCACGGGAACGUGUGGGACCUGUCCAGCCCAGGCCUCAUUAACUUCGGGAGGUUUGACUCAGAGAAAAUGGCAUACACCAUCCAUGAGAUUCCUGUCUUCAUCGCCAUGGGCGUCGUGGGUGGGAUUCUCGGAGCUGUGUUCAACGCCCUGAAUUACUGGCUGACGAUGUUUCGCAUCAGGUACAUCCACCGGCCCUGCCUCCAGGUGAUUGAGGCCAUGCUGGUGGCCGCUGUCACCGCCACGGUGGCCUUCGUGCUGAUAUACUCGUCCCGGGAUUGCCAGCCCCUGCAAGGCAGCUCCAUGUCCUACCCUCUGCAGCUCUUCUGUGCAGAUGGCGAAUACAACUCCAUGGCCGCAGCCUUCUUCAACACCCCAGAGAAGAGUGUGGUGAGCCUCUUCCACGACCCGCCAGGCUCCUACAACCCCGUGACCCUCGGCCUCUUCACCCUGGUCUACUUCUUCCUGGCCUGCUGGACGUACGGGCUCACGGUCUCCGCCGGCGUCUUCAUCCCGUCCUUGCUCAUCGGGGCUGCCUGGGGCCGGCUCUUCGGCAUCUGCCUGUCCUACCUUACCGGAGCUGCGAUCUGGGCCGACCCUGGCAAGUAUGCGCUCAUGGGUGCUGCCGCCCAGCUUGGUGGCAUCGUGAGGAUGACACUCAGUCUGACUGUGAUCAUGAUGGAGGCCACGAGCAACGUGACCUACGGCUUCCCCAUCAUGCUGGUGCUCAUGACUGCCAAGAUCGUGGGCGAUGUCUUCAUCGAGGGCCUGUACGACAUGCACAUCCAGCUGCAGAGUGUGCCCUUCCUGCACUGGGAGGCCCCCGUCACCUCGCACUCACUCACUGCCAGAGAGGUCAUGAGCACCCCAGUGACCUGUCUGAGGCGGAGAGAGAAGGUGGGCGUAAUUGUGGACAUCCUCAGCGACACGACAUCGAAUCACAAUGGCUUCCCUGUGGUGGACGCUGACGACACCCAGCCUGCCCAGCUCCAGGGCCUGAUCCUGCGCUCACAGCUCAUCGUCCUCCUGAAACACAAGGUGUUCGUGGAGAGGUGCGGUGUGGGGCUGGCUCCACGGCGGCUGCGGCUCAAGGACUUCCGCGACGCCUACCCCCGCUUCCCCCCGAUCCAGUCCAUCCACGUGUCACAGGACGAGCGUGAAUGCACUAUGGACCUCUCUGAGUUCAUGAACCCCUCGCCCUACACCGUGCCCCAGGAGGCAUCGCUGCCCCGGGUAUUCAAGCUGUUCCGGGCCCUGGGCCUGCGGCAUCUAGUGGUCGUGGACAACCGCAACCAGGUGGUUGGGUUGGUAACCCGCAAGGACCUGGCCAGGUACCGCCUGGGGAAGGGGGGCCUGGAGGAGCUCUCUCUGGCCCAAACAUGAGGCCCUGGCUCUGCCCACAGUGGCACCAGCACCCCCGGUCCCUUGUGCCUCCUCCUGAGGUCCCUGGCUCCUGGGUCAAAGCCUCCUUGCUCCCAGUGUGGCAAGUGCUGUGAGCGCCGCCGCCCUGUGCCUCGGACUUGGUCCUUCGUUCCAAAUCUUCAGGGAUCGCUGUGACAGUUCCCCAAGAGCCAGUGGGGGGCGCUACUAUGUCAGUCACCUCUGUGCCCGAGCCCUUGGGAGCUGACGGCCUCCGGGGACCCCCGUCUGCACUCUGGGCUGGGGUCCCUCAUCCAGCACAGCACCGCCAUUUGAGCUUCGGAACCUGUGGACACCGGUGUCACCCAGCAGCCCUAGCCAGGGACCCUGGCCCAACCCCGCGUCUGGGUAGAUUGGGGCGAGGCCUGCAGGGUCCCCCUUCCUGCCCAUUCUGCCACAAGGGGGUGCAGAUGCCCUCCCUGGGAGCCACACUGACACUGCCACCUCCUUCCCCUGCUCCUACAAUGUGGGACUCGCUCACCCACGUGGUGACAACGGGUCCUGUGUAGACACAACUGGCCGUGUGGAAGGGGCUGACAGAAGACGCUGUGUCCUUGCCUGUUCCCCACCUCCCAGGAAGCCCUCGGCCCGCGCAGCCCCCUCCGUCCCCCCAGCCUCCCCACCCUCAGCCUCACCCACUGGACUCUUCUGCUGGCCUGCUGGGUCUUCUGGGUGAUGGGGCAGCAAGGUGCCCAGGGGAGCCUGGGACAGGCCAGGGGGGGACGUGUCCAGCCUGGACAGAGCUGGUGUGAGCACCCCAUGGGGCCUCGCAGAUUCAGUACCAAAACAGCACGUGCAAUCUGACAUUCAUUCAUUUUGUACAGAUGGCGUGUUGCCGUGGCAACAUUUUGGAUAUAUCAGGUUAAAUAAAGCAGACUGCAGAUUC